CUCUCUCGUACUUUCUCUUUCCCUCAUGUUCUUCAUUCUCUAGAAAUAAAUUUUCAUUCUAACAAGAGGCAUGCUCUCUGAAGUAAGAGGCGGCGGGUUUUACACUGCAUUCUCUAGAGACCAGCCGAAGAAGGUUUACGUGCAACACAAAAUCCGAGAGAUGGGGAAGGAAGUUUGGGAUUUGCUAUGCGAUGGAGCUGCCGUUUACGUGGCGGGCUCGUCCACGAAAAUGCCUUGUGAUGUGAUGUCGGCUUUGGAGGAGAUUGUGAUGGAGGAGACCGGAGGAUCAAAGGAAAUGGCUUCACGGUGGCUCAAGGCUUGGGAGAAAAUACAAUGUUGAAGCUUGGUCUUAAACCCAACUUCCUCCAUAUAUCAUGUAAUGUUUGGAUUAGUAGUUAUAAGAAUCAUUGGAUUUUUAUUUAAAUUGAUUUUGUAUUCACAUUGAACGAUUCAGGCGAAGAUGAUUUGUUUGAUUG